AUGGUGCGGUCAGUUGAGCCGGCGCCGGGGGCGGGGCCGGUGGUAGCUGGGGCGGGGGACGCGCACGAGCUCGGCGCUGUCGCCGGGCGGCGGGGCUCGGCUCUCGUAUGGUGGCAGCGGUCAGUUGAGCCGGCGCCGGGGGCGGGGCCGGUGGUAGCUGGGGCGGGGGACGCGCACGAGCUCGGCGCUGUCGCCGGGCGGCGGGGCUCGGCUCUCGUAUGGUGGCAGCGGUCAGUUGAGCCGGCGCCGGGGGCGGGGCCGGUGGUAGCUGGGGCGGGGGACGCGCACGAGCUCGGCGCUGUCGCCGGGCGGCGGGGCUCGGCUCUCGUAUGGUGGCAGCGGUCAGUUGAGCCGGCGCCGGGGGCGGGGCCGGUGGUAGCUGGGGCGGGGGACGCGCACGAGCUCGGCGCUGUCGCCGGGCGGCGGGGCUCGGCUCUCGUAUGGUGGCAGCGGUCAGUUGAGCCGGCGCCGGGGGCGGGGCCGGUGGUAGCUGGGGCGGGGGACGCGCACGCUCUCGGCGCUGUCGCCGGGCGGCGGGGCUCGGCUCUCGUAUGGUGGCAGCGGUCAGUUGAGCCGGCGCCGGGGGCGGGGCCGGUGGUAGCUGGGGCGGGGGACGCGCACGAGCUCGGCGCUGUCGCCGGGCGGCGGGGCUCGGCUCUCGUAUGGUGGCAGCGGUCAGUUGAGCCGGCGCCGGGGGCGGGGCCGGUGGUAGCUGGGGCGGGGGACGCGCACGAGCUCGGCGCUGUCGCCGGGCGGCGGGGCUCGGCUCUCGUAUGGUGGCAGCGGUCAGUUGAGCCGGCGCCGGGGGCGGGGCCGGUGGUAGCUGGGGCGGGGGACGCGCACGCUCUCGGCGCUGUCGCCGGGCGGCGGGGCUCGGCUCUCGUAUGGUGGCAGCGGUCAGUUGAGCCGGCGCCGGGGGCGGGGCCGGUGGUAGCUGGGGCGGGGGACGCGCACGAGCUCGGCGCUGUCGCCGGGCGGCGGGGCUCGGCUCUCGUAUGGUGGCAGCGGUCAGUUGAGCCGGCGCCGGGGGCGGGGCCGGUGGUAGCUGGGGCGGGGGACGCGCACGCUCUCGCGGUCAGUUGA